CACUCUCUUUCUAAAACCAUUUCCCUCACUCUCUCUCUCUCUCAAAAAUUUCAAACCUAAAAAAUCCUAGGGUUAUCUAAGAUUUCGCACUCGAAUUCCUCACAGCAACCUUCGGAUCUCUUCAAGAAAAUCGUAUGUAUGAAUUCUCAAGUUUCUUCUUAAUUAAAUGAGACGCAAAUUUCUGUGAGCCGUGGAGAUUUUUUUCUGGGUCGGUCAGUGAGGUAUUGAUCUGGUUUUCGAUUCCAAAAAAAGUGGUUUCAGGCUUUUGCUUUUGAAAUGGAGACUAGUAUUGUGGAGAUGGAAGUAAAUCAUCAAAAAAGCGAUUCUACUCCAUCUGCGCCAAGGCCCUUAGGAAUGCUCAUUCGGAUAAACUCAAUAGCUAUAGAUCUCGGAAAGGUUGCAGAAGAGGAUACACAAAAGCACGAACACUUCUCCAUACGUGGAUAUGUCGCUGGCAUGAGGAAAAAGGAUCGAAAGCUUUGUUUACCUUUUGCUUCACAAGCUAAUGAUGGUGAUUUGGAGGAGAACCUCCCUCCAAUAUACGUCCCCAGAUUUAGAUGGUGGGAGUGCUUCAACUGUGUCUCAGAUAUUGUGACAGAAAAUAGUUCAGAAGAAAUAAUGAUGGAACAAUCUCCCAUACCAUUAAAUGAAGAUACAAUUAAUAUUUGUACAACUUCUCCUACCAGGGAUGGAGAAAAAGAUAUAUUGUUGCCGUCCAGAUGCAAGAAAGCAAGAAAUUCUGAAAUUGGUGAUCAAGCUGUUGCUUUACGUAUCCCGACUACUUUAGCAGGUGACAAGCAUGGAUCAGAUGGCUUUGGAAAUAGCAGAAACUGCAGUCAUGUAAAUGAUUUCACAAACUCUAAUCCAUGCUCGACAACCAGACAGAUAGCUAUAACAUGCGGGAAAAGUGGAGCAAAUAUCGUGGAUGGAGAAGGCUGCAAUCUGAGUUUUGAUACUAUAGAGUCUAAUCCUGGCCAGGCUCAAGAGACACAUACCAGUACAGCCUAUGCUAUAAAAUCUAGAGAUGUUGAUGUCCUUGAGCCAAACAAUUUAAGGAAUGAUAAUGGUGAUAUCAGUGAUAAGGCUGCAAAUUCUGAUACAGCACAUGCAAUUAAACUCCUUUCAGUUGAAGUGGAUAAGCAUGACAACACAUCAUCUGGAAGUGACAAUAAAUUAAGUGAAUUGCCACUUAAGAGAAAGCCUAAGUUGCGUUAUCUUGCAGAAAUAUUGGAUGGAGAAAGAAUUUCUGUAAAUAAUCACCCAAAACUGAGUGCUUCAUCCAGUGGAAUGCAUACUGUGUCUGCUGAGUUAGGAGCAGUUUCAUCUCCUCAGGAUCAGGAAGAUUUCCUUGAACAUGUUGGAAAAGGUAACAGGAGCACUCCGAGGAAAAGAAAGAUUACUCAAGAAGAAAACAAAAGACCCCCAGAAAUUAGCUGUCCAACUAGUUCAGCUAAAAAGUUCAGGGACUCUAAAGUAAAUUCAGAAGAUAACUCUGUUGAAAUUUCUGACUCUCAAUCAGAAGGAGGUGCAUCUACACAAGUAGAUUUGGAGACUGGCACGAAGAGUAGAAAGAUCAAGCUGGGCAAAAGCAAAGAUCUUUUUCUCAGUAAAAAGAAAAGUCAGAUCCCUACAGAUGAGGGGUUGUCUUUCCCAGUUCCUGAGCUAGAGGUGCCGAAGAUAAUUUCUGUGGUCUCUACUGAUUUGCCGAAAUACAAUGUUCCUUCCUCAUCAGGACAAAUGGAACCAUUUUUUAGUAGUUUCCAGUCUACACAACAAACUGUGUUGAACUCCAACUUUUCGAAAAAUAAGAGGUUUGAAGUUGAAGCUGGUCAAAUGGCUCCCAAAAGCAGCAAACUAGGAGAAUGUUUAGUUAAAGAGAGAGUGGCAUUGGAUCUUUCUCUCAACAGCUUAAUGAGUUCGGAAAGAAAUGAUAAUGCUAGGUCAUCAAUCGUGCAACAAAAGGGCAUUCACAAUAACUGUCCUCAGAGGAAAGAAUUUCUGUGGGAUCUGAAUGAGAUAAUUACUCAUAAAACUGCUAUGUUGGGGGAGAAGCAACAAUCAAAUCUACUUGAUAAUGGUGGUUUACCUCUGCACAAGAAUUUGGAUACCUCUUCCUCCCGCAGCAAAGAGAAUGCUGGAGAGGGGCAAGGGCGUCCAGGAGUUUCUAAUCCACAAAUUGACAAAGAAACUGAUAAGAGUAUUGAACUUAGAGCAUCGGAUGACAUCCCGAUGGACAUAGUUGAGCUGAUGGCUAAAAUUCAACAUGAAAAGGCUGUUGGUAGUUCAAAGUACACCCUACCCGAGGAGAUCAAUAAACCCAUUAUAGGGUUUCCUGCUGUUCACAGCAUUGAAUGUCCUGGCACGACCAACUUUUCACUUGGGAGCACAAGAAGCAAUGGCAUAGUUUUGGCAAGUGAUAAUGUUGGAACUAUCCAAAACAGUCCUAUAAGCUUUCCUCUCUCGAACACGAAUCAGUUCAACAUGGGAAAACCAGAGGAAAACCAAUCAACAUUCUUCAGCUCAUUUCCACAGAAUCGACCAAAUAAAAUGCAGCUUUCAGCUUCAGGCUUCAACAUAAUGGGAUCAAGACUCAGCGAAGGAGCAAAGACAAUGUGGCCUCCUAGGAGGGAAAACACGCCUACAUUCUCAGACCAGCACCAUAAAGGAAAGACUGUUAGUGACAUAAAGGGUGGCGAUAUGGAAAAUCUAGCCUUACGUGAUACGUUGUUACUUGAACAGGGGAUAAUUGAGCCAUGUCGGAAAUCCGUUGGAUCGUUAGAUCCUUACUCAAAUGACACAAUUCCAGCAAUGCAAUUGCUGUCUUUGAUGGAUCGGGGAAUGAUAUCCAAUUCUUACAAUGUCGGUGCAAAAGAGUUCAUCAAUAAACCCUUUUCUCCCUGCAAUCACCACUCCAGGUUCAAUGGGGAAGAGAAUUUACUCAAUAGAUCACUCUUUACUCAACAACAUCAUCCUAAGGAUCUAAUUUGGCUGCGGUCUGGUGUUCAUAGUGCCGGUGAAAGCUCCAAGAAGCCUGCAUCUUCUUUAAACUAUCAAAUGUCCUCUAAAUUUUUGGAGCAAGAAAUCUCAGGAAGACCACAGAAAUCUGAGUUCUCGAGAGGUGCUUCAUGUGUUAUUAGAGAUUCUUGUUUUGGUACGGAUAAGCGAAAAGGCAUCCUUGGUACCUCAAGUCCUAUGGGUAUUUCUCAGAAAUCUUGUAGACAUGAAAGUCCAUCAGGAACCAUGCACUUGGAGGUCCCCACUAAACUUUCAGCUCGGCCAGUGAGAAACAAUACGGAAAUAUUUGUUUGCGCUCUCAACCGAAACCCUGCUGAAUUUAGCAUUCCUGAUCCUCAAAACAAGUAUACCAUAGGUGCAAAAGAUUUGAAGUUCCGAAAGAGGAGUGGUUACAAAGAAAUACCGCGCUCUAUUAAGGUGAAUGAGCAAAAGAGACAAAGGGUUACAAAGGAUGCAUCAGCAAAGAAGUAUGCAAGAAAAUAGCUCAUUCUGAGGUACUCAUCAGCUGAAGAGUUUCUGCGUGUUCCUUUUGUAACUUCUAAUCUAAAAUUUGGAUGGAAUUUCAUGUGAGAUUUUGUUUGUUUGGUUUUCAGCUGUAUAAUUUUCAGAUUUUAGCAAAUAAGAAAAAUUAUACAACUAUAUGCAUGUUAAGACAGGGAAAGUCAAUUAAAUUAUGCAUACAAAUAUGUUGAUGAUUUAGAAAUGAGUUAUUGACUCUGGAUCAUGGUUCUGUAUAAGAUCUUUAUUGCAAUGAAUGACUUGGUAUAAUUUCAAACUGAUA